AUGACUAACACCAAUACCACAAACAACACCAAGAAGCGAGAUCGCGAAGAAGAAGAAGAACCAGAUCAAGCAAGUCCCUACCAAGAACUAAAAUGGAAUCACGCUCCUCCGCUGUUCCUCAAUGACAAGUUUGACAAUCCCAACGAAUUGCUGCAAAAUGAAAAGACCACUCCUCCCAUUCACGCCGGUCGCACAGCCUUACUCGUCGUCGAUGUCCAACCGGAAUAUUGGAGUCACUGUCCCGCCGUUCGUCAAGAUUUCCCCGACUUUCCCAAACACUUGGAACGACUGGUUGCUCAAUGCCGGAAACAAAAAGCCAAGAUUAUCUGGGUCCGCGCCGAUUAUCGCUAUGCCCAUUCCCCGUGGCUCGUCCAGUUUGCCCGGUUGCAUCAAGGCACCAUUCCGGCCGAAGUCCACAGCAGUGCCAGCGAUUGCGAAACCAUUCCGUGGGAAGAUUUUGCCACACCGCAGGGCGGAGAAUAUGUCAUUCCCAAAACGAGUUGGUCGUCGACGCGUCAUACGGCAUUGAUGGAUUUGCUCAAACAAUCGGGCAUUGAUACCGUGCUCGUGUGUGGAUUGAUUACCAGUGUCUGUGUGCAGCAUUCGGCCUUUGGUAUUUUCGAAGCGGGCUAUCGGACGUUGCUCGUCACGGAUGCCUGUGCCGAUCGAGGCAAGGCACGACACGAUGCUGCAUUGGCGUUGUAUGGGGAUUACAUGUACGAACUACUCACGGUACAAGAUUUGUGUCAAAAGGACAAGCCAUUCUACUUGCGGCCGGCACAACCCGUCUGGUUGACCAAGGAAAGUGUCGACAACUUGGUCCAACCAACUUUUUUCAAUUCGUUGCAAGAUUCCAUUGUCACCAAACAACACGAAGAGCAACACGAAGAGCAAGAAAAGCCGAAUAAGGUGGCCAAAGUCGACCAUCAUCCCAUCUUUUAUAAAAUGCCCACAACAAGAACAACGGCAGCCACGACGGUCAGUGUCGCCACGGAAAAGCAAGACAACAAGAAAGUCACCAUUCAUCCCACGGACAGCAACAGCAGUCUCAGUACGAUGACAUCGCCAGUCCUCGCGGGUGCCACCGAACCACCGGCACCGCCUGGAACCAUUCGAGUCUAG